AGAGCGGGAUUAUAAAGACUGGCAGCUGCGCAUGCAGCGACUCAGCUGCGCAGCGCUUGCGUGUCAGCGUUUCUGCUGCAAGGAAUAGGCAAUGGCGGGGAGGGGCUGCUUUAAUUAUUAACCUGCGUGAAAUUAACACUGUAGUGGAAACGUAUUUCCAAAUGAAGCUGAACUAAGUCCGUAUCUGGGUACCAAGGCAGCGAAACGAUUGAAACGCGCUUUCUCACUCCCAUCUCCUACUGUGAUCGUGGUGAAUUUCAUAAAUGUUACCGUGGCUUACUGUCGAAUCGUAAGUAACUUCUGUGUGAGUAACGAUACAGGCGAACUGCAGUAAGGCGAUUCCUGCUCCCCGCUGCACACUAUGGCUUUCACUCGGGGUCUCGUCACUCUGCGCGGCUCUUUGCUGCGCUCUUUGCUUGACGCUGCUCGCGCCUCAGUUCGUGCACCCUGGCACCUCCGACCCGUGCAAUUCCAGGUGAUCAGCAGGCGCUGGCAGCACACUGCGCCCGCCUCAGUAAAAUGUAACUGGAAUCUCCGAGAGGAUUGCUUUGAACUCAGUUAUGGGGACUUGGUAAUGCACUUUGACUAUGUGUGGCUGCGGGACCACUGUCGAUCUGCUUCCUGCUACAACUCCAAGACCAACCAGCGAAGCUUAGACACAGCCAAUGUGGAGCUUGCCAUACGGCCCACGAAGACAAGGGUGGAGGAAGAGACACUGUUCCUCACAUGGCCCGACGGACAUGUAACGCGAUACAAUCUGGCCUGGCUGGCGCAGAACAGCUACGAGGGCCAGAAGCAGAACUCGGUGCAGCCACGCAUCCUGUGGAACUCCGACAUCUACACCAAGGCUGGCAUUCCCGCUGCUCACUGGGAGAAGUUCAUGAUCUGCGACGAGGAGCUCAAGAAGUUCCUCAGCAACUUCUUGCUGUAUGGCUUUGCCUUCGUGGAGGGCGUCCCAGCGACCUUGGAAGCCACAGAAGAGGUCUCCAACAGAGUCAGUCUUAUCAGGGAUACCAUCUACGGCCGCAUCUGGAGCUUCACCUCGGACUUUUCCCGCGGAGACACUGCCUACACCAAGCUGGCGCUGGACCGGCACACAGACACCUCAUACUUCCAGGAGCCGUGCGGCAUCCAGGUGUUCCACUGCCUGCAACACGACGGGACGGGGGGGCGCACGCUCAUAGUGGACGGUUUCCAUGCUGCUGACAAGGUGCUCCAGAAAUCUCCCGGUUGCUUUGAGCUGCUGACACGCGUCCCUAUCAAGCACGAGUACAUCGAGAACAUAGAAGGUCACCACAACCACAUGAUAGGGAUCGGACCCUUGCUCAACGUGUACCCCUGGAACAAUGAGGUCUACAUGAUCCGGUACAACAACUACAACCGCACCGUGAUCAACACGGUGCCCCACGACGUGGUCCAGAACUGGUAUGUGGCCCAUCGGACGCUCACCACGGAGCUGCGGAGACCCGAGAAUGAGCUGUGGGUGAAGCUGAAGCCCGGGAAGGUCCUCUUCAUAGAUAACUGGCGGGUCCUGCACGGCCGUGAAUCCUUCACGGGCCUGCGCCGGCUGUGCGGCUGCUACCUGACCCGGGACGACAUGCUCAACACGGCCCGCUCCCUGGGGCUGAAGGCCUGACAGGCUAGGCGAAGCCACUCGGCGGCACCAAAGCAGUCCCCGACACAACUGGACGUCUCACUGGGAUCCUAGCAGCUAUCAUAUUCUCCUGAGGAAUUCUGGGAUACCGGAGUAUUGUUUUCAUUAUGGCUGUAGUGCAUUACAUUUUUACUUCUUAAUCAAAGUGGUGUAGUAAUGGAAUAUUACCUCUGUUUGGCUCUUAAUGAGGACCGACAUAGCAAUUAUUCUAUCACGAAGGACUUUUAAAGAACUGUGGCAUAAAUGUUUUUUUUUUUUUAUAUUAUUGUGCCUUAUCAUUUUUAAUGUUGUACUGUAAUGCUGAACUUUGAUGAACUCAAAUAAGAUUCAUCUCCCAGACAUGCUGCAUUCUGCUGCCUUUUUUAGAAAGCUUUCUGCUUUCAGUCCCUGAUAAAUUUAUGGAGGACAAGAAAGCUUCAUUUUACAGUAUAAUCAUCUCAGAAGUCCUAAACGUUCUGUGUUGUAGCCUCGAACACUGAAUACAAAACCAAAAUGCGUUUCAA